AAUUUCAACUCCUGCAAUUGAUAACCUUCUUGGGACUGGCUAGACAUCCCAUCCAGACCGCUCAUCACUCCACUUUCUCUCGCCGCCAUUCUCUCAACCGUCACUCCAAAGCCCUUCCUCCCCAAUCCAUUCCCGCCAGCCAAUCCCAUUCGUUGCAUCCCCCCAAAAGCCAAAAAAAUUCCCAUCGGGAAAAGCCUAUUUGGGACCCACUUCGACUUGAAAAGCAAAAAAGGGCUCAUCCACUCACUCAGUCAACUGAAUCAGCUUUCCUCAAUCUUUCUCAAUCUCACAGCGCUGUGUCUAAGCUCAUAUCAUUGCAUGGUCAACAACAAUCGCUCUGAUCAACCUCAAUCCAUGCUCGUCUCACCACAUCAUCAACCCCUGUUCAACCCACAACAUCAUGCCAGCGCACACGUUGUUGCUGGUCUCAACGCACCUUCCUAUACAUCAUCUCGACAUGUCUCUAGCUUUGGGGGAGCCCAUUUCUGUGCUUCACCUGUAGAACAGGUUCAACAGGUUCAACAUGGUCAACCGAGUCAAUCGCCUUCCUCCUGCUCGAGGCCGAUGUUAAGACCCACUCAAUAUUGUUCUGCACCCCCUUCAUCCUGCUCCACGCCGACGGGUCACCCUACCCUCACUUCAGGACCAAGUAUUCAGCCGCACGCUCAAGGCACUCCUAUCCCUUCUACCCACUCACAUCCUUCCUCACCAACAUGUUCACUCUCUCCUCGAUCAUUCUUCUCAAAAUGCCCUGGAUCAUUGAAACGCUCCACCACGAUGCCUCAGAAGAAACCCACUCGUUCAACCCUGGAGAAGCGAUCUGCCGUUCAACUCUCCCUAGAGCUCAAAGUAGAAAAAGCGAAAGGCUUCCUCGUCAUCCCUCUUGGCCGACCUCCACCCCCCGCUCCUCCUAGUAGUCCAAUUCUUGCCCCUGCUGCUCCCCUCGACGCCUACAAGCUCGAAGCCCUGGGUCAGUCUCAAUGGGAUGAAAUCAGUUCGGCUCCAGUGAUCCCCGAGAUCAUGCCAACGGACUAUUUCGGGGGAUGGGAGACCAAGCUGGACGCUCAGGAAUGGGUCGAACAUCCAGCUCAGUCCAUGGAUGUUGACCUUCACUAGCCCGAGCAGGGAUUUCGGUUGUAUUUAGCACUCGUUGGGUUUACGCGACGGCAUCCACCAUAUGUAGCACU